GGGGGGGAGGCCGCGAUGGCGGCAGGCCUGAGGGGAGAGAAGGGGUCCAUCUGCAGAGCUUGAUGCGGAGUCCCACCAUUCAGUAAAGACUUAGCCAUGGCAGGUAAACGCAGCAAACCCAAGCGUGGCAAAGGUAAAGGCACCAGUAAGAAAGAGAAGAAGGUGGUGAAGGAAGCGGAUAUCCUCAGCCCAGAUGCCAUGCUCAACGCUUACUAUGUCUGCCACAAUGCUGCUGCCUGCCUGGAGUUACGGGGCUUUCCCUGGCCUGGCUCCCCCAAAAAGAAGAAGAAAAAGAAAUAACUGGCUGGAAGGUGAAGGACUUGGAGAAAACCAAACUCCCCUGGGAAGAAGAGGCAUUUUUGUGGAUUAGACUCUGGUAAUGAGCUCAUAUUUGGCCUGUUGUGUCCAUACAAAGACACUCUUAUUAUAGCUCCAGCCCAGAGUGACAAAUGGUGAGUGACGCAGUGCUGGGGCCUUUUCAGCUGUGGCUCUUCACUCUCUGGUUCUGCGUGGAAUAAAACUUGCUCCUCUGUAGUCUGAA